AUGUUGUUUGAAGAUCCGCAGUCUUCCAAAACGGCAUUCUACGUAGCCAUUCUAUCCGUUUUGAUGACUCUUAUCUCUAUCGUCAUAUUCUGCGUUGAAACUCUUCCAGAUUAUUCCAAAUCCCAUUGCAGUGAUAAUGAAGCGCCCAAUUUUUUGGAUCCAUUUUUCAUUAUUGAGACAAUUUGUACCGGCUGGUUUACAAUUGAAGCCAUCGCUAGAUUUAUCUCCUGCCCGGACAAAAUUGAUUUCUGGAAGGACUUCAAGAACAUAGUUGAUGUGACGGCGGUUCUGCCGUACUACUGGACACUCUUCAACGUCCUCUACACCAUGAGUUGCGCCGGAGCCAAAACAAGCGCCAGUCUUUCUUUUCUACGAGUCAUCCGUCUCAUCCGAGUUUUCAAACUGACUAAACACUCAGUAGGUCUGCAGGUUCUGCUUCUAACAUUCAGAGCAAGCCUUGAAGGGCUUGGACUGUUUCUAGUUGCCUUGAUGGUUUCUCUGUUGGUGUUCUCGAGUGCCGUGUAUUACGCUGAAUAUGGCAAUCCUGAGUCCCACAUGAAGUCAAUACCAGAUGCUUUCUGGUGGGCCAUCAUCACUAUGACCACCGUUGGGUACGGAGAUAAGGUGCCCCUCGGGGUGAUGGGAAGGAUGAUUGGUGCUGCCUGUGCCAUCACGGGGGUGCUGACCCUCGCCAUACCAGUCCCUAUUAUAACGGGCCACUUCAACAGGUUCUAUUCACACAAGACGGGAAGAGGUCGACACAUGUGA